GGUUCGACCCUCGUACCAGUGCAGUACUUGCGGCGUAUAUCACUGGGGUUUCUCCGUCUCAACACCUACACGACUCCCUCUGACGACUUCUUGACGAUCCCUACGCGAGACCAUGAGCGAGACAUUUGCGAGAUUUAGGUUAACAGCCUACAUCAUCUUCUUCCUGCUAUCAGCGGCCGUGUUAGGUCUAGCUGCCAACUUCGCCAACGAGUUCCUUCCGCAUAUUCAUUCCGACUUCAUCAUAUUCUCCUUGGUUGUGUCUGCUGCCUCCAUUCUAGCCCUCAUCCUUCUGCUGUCCUGGAGUCAACCCAGGACAGAGGUGCUAUUCGUUAUCAUUGUUGGAAUAUUGUGGCUAUCUGAAGCUGCUUGGGCUGAGGACAUCAUUGGACAUGUCCAGUGCUCCGACAUUGCAAGCAGUGAUACCGUACCUACGAAGAACGGGAGCACCUCUUCUCGAGCUUAUUGCCGAGAGAUGAAGGUGCUGGAGGCAUUCUCUUGGAUGCUUUUUGCGCUUUUCUUCAUAUCGUUCUGGAUCAUCGUCGUCCUAACAUCACGCGCGAAAACUCUGGGCCAGUACUACGCCUGGCAAGAACCUAUCGCAGAACUUCCGUGGUUUGGUGAAUAUCCAGGCUACGAGGGCAUGGCAGGAGGUGGCCCCAGAGGUUACCCUAUGUAUUACCCUUACCCGCAGGCGCAACCCGCUCAGGGUGGUUUCGUGGUCUCUCAAGGCGGCCACGUCGUGCAACAGCAACCCGGUCACUCGUUGAUAGUUCAACCGGGGCAAAAUGGCCAGGCUCCGACUAUCACUCAAGUCCCUGGGCAGGUGCAAAGUGUUAUGUGAUGCGACUGCAGUAGCAAUCUGGGCUUGCGGAGGCGGAAGGAAUUUACAAUACAAACGAUUACGCAGUUGGAUGAGCAUAACAUCGACCACGCUCUGUUUUCGGCGGUGUUGCCAUAAUCACCUUCUAGUCCUCUCCUUACGGAAGAAAUGAAUCUCUGGGUUCCAUUGCCGUUCAGGACCCUCUACGUAGUAAAUGGGUAAAUGGGUAUCAGCCUCGUGCAACACGUUUUUUUUCGCGGUCAC